CCAUAAACAUGACAUGUUCACCAGCGUAUGAAAUACUGAUAGGAGACUUUUGCAUAGUUAAUGUCCAACAAAACACAUCUGUCCUGGGAGAUUGCAAUUCAUACCAUUUCAACAUUACAAACGAUGGGGGGAAAUAUAAAGUAAGAAUGAAUGACACGGUUAAAAACAUUACAAUGUGGUUUUUACCAAAUGGAUCUCGAUGUCUUCCAUCAGAAGUCCUGAAUUCAUCAGGAUUCACAUCAAAUAAUCCUGUGACUUGCCAGACACAGCCAAGCAGCUCUACCACCACCCAAUCUAUUACCACCAUAGCUAACAACCCUAGCAGCUGCCCUAACAAACCCAUCAACACCUCCUGCAUUGCCAUUUAUCCAGAUGCAUGUUGUUUGAAAAUCGCUCCCGUUGAUCCUGAAAUUACAUGUAGAAACGCCUCAUAUGGAAAUGAUACAUGCACUGGGAAUGAAAAAAGCAGAUACAUUCUGUAUUUAAAUGGCAGUGAAUGGAUGUGUGUGACCUGCGUUGAUGAAAGAUCGACAACUCCAGCGCCAACUACUAGUUCAACAUCAUAUACUACAACUAACAGUCCAACUACUAGUUCAACAUCAUAUACUACAACUAACAGUCCAACUACUAGUUCAACAUCAUAUACUACAACUAACAGUCCAACUACUAGUUCAACAUCAUAUACUACAACUAACAGUCCAACUACUAGUUCAACAUCAUAUACUACAACUCCAUCCAACUACUAG